AUGAAGGCCAGCCAUAUCUCCCUCAUCCUCCUCUCUGCCCAAGGGUUGUCAGCAGCCGCGAUCGACCCACGAGCUGCAGUGAACGCAGAACUUGUGGCCCGGGGACUAGUCGAAAAUCUUUCUCUCGACGUCUCCCAUCUUUUGACUCGAAGUGGGGGUACAGAUUCUUUGGCGGAGUUUCGUGCACCCAAAGCCCCAGCACCAACAAGGGAACUACUUUACUUACAUGCUCCGACAUCCCUUAGGUAUGUAUGA